CAGGUAAAAGCUCUACUUUACGUCGUACCGUGACAGGUGCGCUGAAAAUUUAUUGAUCCCCGUGGAAACACAGGAAAUAUACCAACACGACAGAGGACUCCAUAAGCUGUAAAUAUCAUGUAACAGAGCAGUAGUGAAAAUGUGCUUAAUCGUGGUACUUCUAGUGGGAGUUAUCGUCCCUGACACAGCUUGGUCGGCUGCGGAUCUCUGCCCUGAAAAUUGUCAUUGUGUGAAAGACACUGUAAAUUGCAACAGCCAGACGACGGUCCCACAGCAAUUUGGAGAUUUUUCCGCCAUUCGGAUCUUCAAUCUAUCUCACAACAACUUGACAUCAGUAACCCAGAACGAUUUUGUGAAAUUUAUCAACCUACAGAAAUUAUAUUUGAACGGGAAUGAUAUUUCAACCAUCGAAAAUGGAAGCUUUUCGUCGCUGGGUCAAUUAUCAUUAUUGAAUAUGUCGUCCAACAACUUAAAGCAGAUAGAACAUGGAGUGUUUUGCAAUCUCACCAAUCUGAAGACCCUGUUACUAAAUAGAAAUUACAUCACUAAUCUGUCAAUGGAUGUCUUUCACAACGUUCCAAACUUAGAGCAUCUAAGCUUGUCCGAAAAUAGAAUCCACGUAAUGAAUUCAGGUACCUUUCCACUUCCGGGCUUGCGCACUCUUAAUUUAGAUAACAACAGUCUGUCCAUGAUCCCAUCAAAUAUUUUCAACUGUACACCAAAUCUGCAAAUCAUUAAACUGAAUCUCAACAGAAUAUCCAACAUAUCAGACUACAGUUUUUCAAGUAUUCCCAACGUUUCGCACGUUAGUUUAAACUAUAAUCAUAUUACGCAUAUUGCAAUAGAGGCUUUUGAAGUCAGACAUUCGAAUCCAAAUACGUUAUUGGAGUGCAGAAUUGAGUUUUUCUCCAUCUUUGGAAACCUACUCAUGGACGUACCUCAAGCGUUGAACGAUCUUACAUACGUCGUCCAUUUGGACAUUAGUGAUAACAAUAUUGCUCAAAUCAAAACGCAAUCUUUAUAUCGACUCAAAAAACUUCGUUACCUUCGCAUUUCCGAAAUGCCGCUUCUAAAACAUAUCGCAUCAGACGCAUUUGGAGGUCUAAAUCUACGAGAUGUAUACAUGUCGAAAAAUCCCAUGUUGAAAAAGCUACCCGAAAACCUGCUUCAGGAUAUGAGUGAGUUGAGAGUAGUUAUGAUCAAUAAUAAUGGCCUCCAGUCCGUACCCAAAAGUCUAUGCAACUGGCAACAGCUGAUGGACGUCAUGAUGGACAUGAAUAACUUUAUUUGCGGUUGUGGGAUUCGAUGGCUUCAGACAUAUCACGGAUGGGGUACCCCACAAACGAAGCAACACAUGCUGAAUUUAAAAUGCCAUAAACCAAGUCACCCACAGAACGUCCUGAUCGAAGACUAUGAUUUCGACCACCUCGCGUGCACAUACCCAGCAGUUGUGCAGAAGUCACGUGUUCUUGUAGGACUGAUAGCAGCUACACUUGCACUGCUUACAGUGUGCAUGAUUCUAUUUCUUGUUCGCUACCGGAAGCGACUGACCUUCCAGUACAGACAGUUCAAAUACAAGCGACACUCGGACUCCGCUUAUACUAUUGAUACCGAUUGCAAAUACAGUGAUCUCUCUACGAACGGCGAUCUCCAUGGAGACGUGCCCACAGCACGGGAUAAGGAUAUUCUCCUGACAUGACGUCAUUAUUACUGUGUUAUCCUCCCACUAUAAAUUAAUAGGGUAAAUAUGCUAAAUAAAGUCAUUCAUAAUUGCGGUAAAAUCCAAGUGUAGGUACAAAAAAAUGUAGUGAAAAUGUGUACUAGUUCAAAAGUUUUUGAAAUAAGAGGCAUUACUAGCGGAUUGAAUUGUUUGAUUAAAAUAUUAUAGACACUAUAUAUUGUACAUACGCCUAAUCAGGAAUUCCUGCUCUAUAUAAAAUCCAACAGAAGUCUUCAAAAUAUACAUGUAAGAUUAGAGUAAUAACUUAGUCCUUUAUAUGACAUUCAAGUACUACAGUAUAUGAUUUAAUUAAUCAUGUAUGUAUAAUUCCAUGCGUGGAUCCGGGAUUUUUAUAGGGGUGGGUGAGUCGAAGUUUAGUUAAAAGAAACUCUUUUAAAAUAACAAUAAAACGCAAAAGGUUUAACUCAAUGCAAAGCUCAGCAUCUCAAAUCGUUGGGGUGGGUGGGUCAUUCAGUAAAUUAAUUCGUCUGUCAAACUUAUAUUUUAUAAAUGUUAUUUUAAAGGGGCUGGCGGUAAAUGAAGCUCUGUAUUUGAUACAUAACGUAUUUUACGUGUAAAUAUAAAGGGGAAAGUAUAAUGUCCAAAAAGAGAAAUCAUUGAAAUAAUCACUGGUUACCCGCCAGAUAGACGAUCGUACAAUUUCUUUUCGGUCAGUUAUUUCCAAUGUUGAACGUAGUAGCGACAGUUUAAAAAAUACUAAAGUCAGUGACGUUUAUGACGAUUCAGUAGCAUAUAUAAUUCCGUAACGUAAAUGAAAGAAGGAUAUCAUACAAAUCGUUCCAGUGUGCACACCUUUGAUAUCACACUGUGUAAUUAUUUCAUGAUUUGUAAUUUGGUUCUAUCCAUAUUACUCAGCACGCAGAUGAAGUUAUUUAUAAAUCAUGAUUUCUAAGGGGGUGGAAUCCAGACCUCUCCCACCCUAUCCCUCUAGAUCCGCGCAUGGAUUGUAAAUUUGUAUUGUACAGUGUAUUUCCAAGUUGCUCGUAGUAUAUUUCGGUAUGAUAGAGGAGUUUAUUUCUUUACGUGUAGUAUUAAUUCCUAGAAUUAUGACGAAAACCACUAGACACAGGAUUCGUUAUCUACAACACUAUAUUUCAUUGUAUGGAACUUUUUAUCUACAGCUAAACUAUUUAUUUUUGUUAUCAGUACAUAUUAAUUUUCGUGUAUAAGACGUGCCCUUGCAUGUUUUGAUAGAACCAAAUGUAUUUACAUACAAAAUUACAAUGCACACGGGAUUCAUAUUUUUAUUCAAGUUUUUUUCCCUUUUGUAAUGGUCCAUAUUAACCGCAUGCAAUUUAUAUUUACGACAAUAAAUUCAAUUUAUAUACGUGUAUACUGCUUCAGUGUUAAAAAACUGACAAACUCAGAAAAAUAAUCGAUAGAAAUCAUUUCCUCCUAUGAGAGAACUUUUUAAGAAGUUGUGUUAAAAUAGAUUACCAAUACUGUAGCAUACCUUCUGCUGUAAUUUUGUCAAAGAAAUUGAUUCCAUUUUUAGUUUUGCAUAUUGUAAUGACAAUUAAGAAUUGAAAAUCUUCCAUGGUAGAUUUGAUGUUCAUUUAUUUAUCCUACAGCAUCGCUUUGUUUUGAAUUUAUGAGAUUGAUCACUUUCCGUAUCUUUAUCUUUUACACCACAUUAUUUACAUUGUUUUCUUGUUCACCUUGUAUUGUUAGACGUAUUUCAAACAAUAUCUAAACAUUUCUUUUCUGUGUGUGUGUGUUUGUAUGUGUUUUUGUAUGGUGUGUAUGUGUGUGUGCGUGCUUGUGUGUGUUCUCAAUUGAAUCUCUAUCUGAAACUAAUUAAUACGUUACUGAUAUAUACAUGUAUCACUUAAUUCCAAUCAAUAAGGGUACUCUGGAAUUCCAGCUUCUCUCUCUCUCUCUCUCUCUCUCUCUCUCUCUCUCUCUCUCUUCAUUAUGUAUGCACACAACACGUUUUAAAAGCUUGCACACCAUAUGUGACCUAAAUGAUGUAUCAUGAUUACGAAAUUUUUCAUGGAAAUACUGGCCUCAAGACCAUUAACUGAGAAUAUUCUUAAGUCUAAAUUUCAAAUACAGCUAACUUUUGAAAUAAUUUUUAUCAACAAAUAAAAAUUUUCAGUAUACGUUUGCAUUUGAAUUUUUUGCAAACCUGCAGUGUUUUUUUUUAAACAUCUGUGCUGGAUAAAUCUUAAGAUAUAAGUAAUUUUUACUUAAGUCUAUUCUCAGUUUAUGGUCUUGGGGCCUGGUUUGUGUGUUAUAUGCAUUUUUAGUAUUUCACUAAUUAUCAUAGAAGAAAAUUAACUAAGACGAUGUUAUCGGGACGUUUGUAUCCGCUGUGACUUCUUUCAAUAUGCAGUGGCGGAUCCAAAAUUUGGAAUUUUGAUUAUUUUUUGUGUUUUUGCAGUAUAUUCACCUGAAUAGGCAUAAUAAGAUGUAAAUCGUUACUUAAACUCUGGAAGGUUUUGUUUUAAGAAAUUCUGUUUAAGAUAUAUUUUCUUGAAUUCAAAUUCUUAAACAAAUUGGAGACAUUUGAUUCUUUUUCUUCAGUUUAUGGAAUUAUUCCAUGCUACUCAAGAUUUGUUGAAUUUUUUGUUCUUAAUAUGAAAAUUGUGUUAUCUAUAUGCUGUAUUUGGUUUGUACUUUAUUAAACUUGCUAUAUUGAA